AUGACACCUCAAGACAACGCUAGACUUUGCAAUCUCAUAAUACUGCCAUCCGCGUUCACCGAGAUCUGCGAGCAGUUCCCACACAUCCCACCAGCUGAGUUGUCCACCUUCCUCAUCAACAAGUACAAGCGGGAAGGCGGCGCCGAAGCAGAUACUGACAAGUCCACGCUGCUUAUACUACGCAGAAAGCUAUAUUCGCACCAGAAACUAUACGGGCAUGAGAAUGUGCCUCUUGAAACCGGCCUACACGAAGAAUCCAAGCUUGCGACGGAUAAGCUCAUUGACCAAUUGCAGCGGUUGCGAUGGCGUGCGCGAGAUCUUGAACUGUUUAUCGCGGCGAUGCAUCACGAUUUGACCAAGUCGGGACUCGCGAGGCUAUUUCCUCGAAUGCCGGUCGAUAAACUAAUUAGCGAUGUUGUGGGAUUGAAAAAGUGUUGUGAUUUUGGUUUAUCUGCAAGGGAAUUGGAGCUACUUGAAACGAGAAAUGGUGAUUUGGUGGAGGAGGAGUUGUUUCUUCGUUCGUUGCCUACGUUGCAUAAACAGGGCUUUGGCGUGGGAACACAUCGAGAUUUGGAUUCGCUGAGGAAUAGAAAUGGAAAGGAAAAAGAAAAAGAAAAGGAUGUGUUUGAGACUGAAAUUGAAAUCGAGACGCCGCUGGAUCUGAAACUGGCGGCGAAUGAAAUGAGUCUGGGUGGAAGCAAAAAGAAACCCGCAAUGGCAUCAAGCCAAAAGAGGAAAAGACUGGCGUUUGAAGAGUUUAUGCAAGAUAAAAAACAAUUGCGCAAUUUAAAACUUUGCAUCCUGGUGGACUUGACUCGCGAAACUUUGAGUGAAUAUUUUCCCGAUUUCGAGAUUGAAGAAGUGUGCCAGUAUAUAUCGACUCAUGCGGCAUUUGACAAGGGCAAACUAACUCGGAAUGAAAAAGAACUGAUAACGAAAUACAUCAAGGAUGGAAUGGCAGUGGAAGACAUUUAUGACCAAUUCCCGCUCCGCGAGCAAGAAUUGAUUGAUUCGGAAUAUAAUCGAUUAAAGUAUGUUAGUAGCAGAAGGAGGCAUUUCAAGAAUACGGAGGAGAAGUUAAUCUACGAGGCUGGUAUGGCUAUUGAAAGUAAAUCGAGCACAUCCACGAGCACCACAACGAACACAUUCACAACCACUGGCACAACCACUGGGUUAUCCACUGGCGCAACCACGGGCACUCCAGCACGGCAUGGCAAGCAUGACAUUACCUUUGCCAGUUUACAGGAAAUGGAACAGAUGGUGAGCAAGGUUUCCAGGCCGCACAAGGUCCUCACGCAAGAAGAGAAGGCUGAACAAGCUCAAAGGCAGCGAGAGCGCGAGGUCUUGAAACAAAAACUAAAGGCGGAGCAAGCUGAGAAACGCAGGUUGAAUCGAGAACGGGCUUUGCUUGAUGGGAGCUACGCCAAAAAAAGGUCGCUAGCGCCCAUAAACCAAGGCUUGAUCAUGGAAUUGGUUGCUGCCCAAAAACAUUUUGAAAGCGUCACUGGUGACCGUCAAAGUCUUGAAGAAGGAGCCAAGCGGAAAACCAUCCCGGUCAAGAAAUUCUCGCCGGAGGAUCACGUAUCUAAAAAGACAUGGAGCAGACAAGCCAAGAAGAUUGCAAUAAGGCAGAAGUUGGAAAAGGAAAGGCUAGCUAAAGAAGAACAAUCAAAACAAAAGAUUAACAAGAAAAAGAAGAAUAGGGCAAAUAACAAGAGACGUAAAGUCUUGUCUCCUAGCUUGGAUGAAGAAGAGUUGUCUUGGACUACUACCACCACCACUACUCCUGAAUACGACGAGACACAGCCACCGACACCCGUCACGGAGCUGGAGGUUGAAGAAUACCACAUCUCACCUUACGAUCCACCAGAUAUCAACUCGGAUACUUUAUUCGAUAUUGAAAACCGUAGGUUCUUUAUCGAUGAGAUAUACCAGGCAACCCCGCAACUUCCCGAGUUGAAGUUUAGAACACGCAACUUGGAAGUGGGAGAAUCGGCAAAGGAUGCCAUGACCAAUGAUGAUGAGCUGAUUCUUUACGAUGACGAAUUGGGGGCACAUGUCAUUGGAAGCCAUGAACGAUGCUAUAAAGAUUACCCCAUUUCGUUCCCGCAGUAUCUUGUGCCAGGUACGCGUCAAUUGAAUCAUCUCAAUAGUGUCAAAGUGAGAUUCUUGCUAUACCCUGAACAUUGCGAAUCGUACGUCUUGGCCGCGCCCAAGGACAAUGAAUUGGACCCCGUCCACGAAAUCAUCAAACUAUUCAUGCUUCAUUACGCGCUUUAUUUCUCCCACUCGGACGUGAUCAAGAAAGUCAUCAAUGAGUUUAGUGGCACUUUGGAGCAAGCCGUUGAGGAGAACGAUUUUGCCGAGUUUAUCUAUGUCAUUGACAAAUGGAACAAGUUGAUGUUGUACUUGUCCCCCAAUACUAAAUCCGUGGAGAAGAUCAUCAGGGAAGACAAGGUCGAUAUCAAUGAAGGAGCCAAGAUGUGUCUAAACCACGCCGAGAUCCGCGUCCCCAAGUUGGAAGAUUUGGAUUUGGAAACGUUUUACAGUGAGAUUUGCUAUGAGUCUACAAGUCCCUUUUUCCACAUGGUCAAAGUUGAAUCUACCCCCAGUAGUGAUGGUGAUGGUGAUGAUGGUGAUGACGAUGGUAAAGAUGUUGUGGUGGUCGAUGAAAAUGCCGACAUUUCAAUUUGCAACGUUGAACCACCCACGAAUGUCGAAGAUCGACCAACCCACAUCCGUCCCGAGAAUUACGUUUGCGAUUUUUACAGGCGACUCAAGCUGAAGUCGCUGCUUUCCAGAUACACUAUUCAACAAUUGCUACUUCGAGUUUACGCCCGGAUAGUUUCAACUGACUCGCGCAAGCUACGUUCGUACAAGGCAUUCACUGCUGAAGUCUAUGGCGAAUUGUUGCCCUCAUUCACAAGCGAAGUUUUGGAAAAAGUCCAGCUUCGACCAGGACAAAAAUUCUACGACUUGGGUUCUGGUGUUGGCAAUACCACUUUCCAAGCAGCCUUGGAAUUUGGCGCCGUUGCUGGUGGAUGUGAAUUGAUGCAGCAUGCAUCGAUGCUAACCAGUUUGCAAGAGAAUCUCAUCCGUCGCCAUUUGGCCUGUUUUGGCAUCAAGCCGCUCGAGUUGAAGUUUGCCCUUGGUCAAUCCUUUGUCAACAAUGAAAAAGUCAAGCUGGACUGUUUGGAUUGCGACGUGCUUAUCAUUAACAACUAUUUGUUUGAUGGAGAAUUGAAUGACGCGGUAGGUAAGUUGCUAGUGGGGUUGAAGACGGGCACCAAGGUUAUCAGUUUGAGGAACUUUAUCAGUCCUCGGUACCGGGCUACUUUCGAUACCGUUUUCGAUUACUUUAGCGUCAGCAAACAUGAAAUGAGCGACUACAUGAGUGUCAGCUGGACUGCCAACAAGGUGCCUUACUACAUCAGCAUCGUGGAGGACACUAUUAGACCUGAGUAUUUGGGGAGAGAGUACCAUGAGAGCAGCAGCAACACCACCACCACCACCACCACCACCAUUAGCUAUCAUAGCGACCGCUCGAAAUCGGCUAGUCCGCCUUAUGGGUUGAGGGAUGAGUUACUGGGUCCUGGAUCUGGGUCGGCACUGCAUGACGAUGUGCUGACGCCUCCAACUGAACAUAACUCGGAGCCCGAAACUGAAAAAAACGAAUAA